GUUAAUAAAAGACACGCCGCUUCCUCUCGUCACUUGGUGAAUUCAGUCUGUAAGCUCCACCUGCGAGGUAUUGUUCAGAGGUAGACCUAUAUAAAGGUUGGCUAUCCAUCAAAUCGUCAGUCAGUCAGUCAGUCAGUCAGUCAGUCAGCGUGCCGGCUUUGGAGACCGUUCUCGUGCUCACUCUCUCUCCGUUUCACCGUAAACUGAAUAUGCAAGACCCGGCCUUAAUGGGUGAUGACGGUGCACUUGGAAUGCAAGAUCAGCAAGAAGGAAAUAAACGACCAGCUGAUGAGGAGAUUGGUAAUUCACAAUCUAGCAAAAGAACUAAAGGUGGCGGUGAUGGCCCUAAAGUGGAUUUGCGUAUCUUGUUACAGAGUAAGAAUGCAGGGGCCAUCAUUGGCAAAGGAGGUAAUAAUAUACAUAGAUUGAGAACUCAGUACAAUGCAACAGUCACAGUGCCCGACUGCAGCGGGCCCGAGCGAAUCCUGACUGUAACUACCAAUCAGGAGACCGCUUUGUCCUGUUUGCUUGAUGUGAUUCCAGUCUUGGAAGAGUAUCAGCAAUACAAAGAUUUGGAUUUUGAUUGUGAAAUGCGCAUGCUGGUCCACCAAAGCCAAGCAGGAGCAAUUAUUGGCAGAGCUGGAUUCAAGAUCAAAGAACUGAGAGAGCAAACUGGUGCAAAUAUCAAGGUCUAUUCUGAAGUGUGUCCCAACUCUACAGAGAGGGUGGUACAGAUGAAUGGAAGUCCCGAGGUAGUUAUCAACUGUAUGCGCAUGAUUCUGGAUGUCUUAAAUCAGACACCAAUCAAAGGACCAGUUCAGUUAUAUGAUCCCUACUGCCAUGACCCAUACCUUGACUAUGGCGGCUAUGGAUAUGGUGAUGAGUUUGGACGACGUGGUGGUGGAGGCCGCGGAGGAAGAGGAGGACCACGUGGUGGACCUCAACGUUUUUCACCACCCAUGCGAGGAGGCCAAAGAGGAGGAAUGAGAGGACGAGGUGGUCUUGGUGGUGGCGGCGGAGGUUUCCGUGGAAAUUCCCGUGGAAGUCCCAGAGGAGGCAAUAGUAUGCCCUUCCGUGGUGGACGUGGUCGUGGAGGCGGACGUGGUGGUGGACGAGGAGGUUAUAACUACAGAGACGACUACGAGUCUGGUCAAGGAGGUUAUGGUGGCGGUAACCAAGGCUACGCCCAAGAUUCAAUGGGUGGAGGUGGUUAUGGUGGUGGACAGGGAUACGAUUCUGGAAUGGACCAGCAGUAUAACACAAGUCAGUUUACAACCACACAGGUGACAAUCCCUAAAGAUUUGGCUGGAUCUAUCAUUGGCAAGGGUGGUUCUCGUAUUGGACAGAUUCGUGAAGAUUCUGGUGCCUUGAUUAAGAUUGAUGAGCCUCUUCCUGGUUCUAAUGAUCGUAUUAUUACCAUCAAAGGUACACCGGAGCAGAUACAGAAUGCCCAGUACCUCCUUCAAAAUAGGGUGCGAGCCAGCCAAUCAUACCAACAACAGUCAUUUGGUCAGGACAUGUAAAGCAACCAGUUGAACGAGGUUCUGUAGGAAGCCAGUGUGCGAUCACAUUCAGGGAAGCUGUUUUAAUGAAGAAAGCAAGGCAUCGUUGCUGGACCUCUCAACUGCCAUGUUAUUCCCCAGUUUGACCACAGCUUCAUUCAAAACAAUGCUGUUGAUAAAUUCUGCAUAUUUCAAAAGUAUCACUUGAUCCAGACAGAGCAACUCUUUGUUUUAAAUACUUCUUCGAAACUGCUCCUUAACCAAAUAUUAAAUUGUAGCUUUGCUGUACUGCCCUUAAUUUGAAACGGCAUGUGGUCAACAAAAUUAUGCUGCAGUCCAUUGUUGCUGAUAAUCGUCUAUGUUAUUUCUGUCUUUUGUAUUCAGAGGUUUUCAACAAAUUUUGUUAUUGUUCAAUUAUUGUUGCAUCACUAAGUUAGAUUUAUUUAGUGGUUAAGUCAUUCAUAUACUUAACAUGACUAUCAAUAUCUACUCGAUAUUAAGUGUAGUUUAGAUUUUCACAUAUAACUAUUCAGUCAAUUUAAUCUAACUAGGUGGGGGUCUUGUUUUGGAGAUGGUAUUUUCCAAUAAGCUGAUGUUAUUUCUUUUAAUUUUUUCAUACAAAGAGGGUAGAAUAAAAGGUUGAUAAGCUGUAGGGUGAUAUUUAUUAGGCCAUAAAAAAAAAUAUCAAAAUGUCCCAUUCGGCUGUUUGUCCCCUGACCUUGUAGAGUUUGAAAAUGGCUUUAUUUACAAGGUUCUGUCACUAAGUACUUGAUUUCUACAGCUUAUCAAUGAUGCAUAAAUCAUGAAGUGGACCAAACAAAAUGUUCCUUUAAUAGUAGUGUAACUCUUUGAACAUUUUUGUUCUUAAUAACAUGUUUUUUUUCUGCGUUGUUUCAAUUCAGCGAUAUAAUGAAAAUUUAUUUUUGCAAUUUUUUUCCAAAUACUUCUAUCGGGCGUUAUUUUAUAUUAUGAUUGUUUUCCUAUGGAAGCGAGAAACAACAGACCCCAGAUAUGUUACUAUAGUGUUUUCUUAGCAAUUUUGAUCUAGUACACAGUUCUAUAUUACUAACUUGCUAUAUUAAUGCAUGACUGAGAUUAGAGGAUAGAGAGAAAUGGUAUCACAGGACUUGAAAAAAGAAAAAAAGAAAUUUUCCCCAAAAUGUGUUUUCCUGCUUCAUACCACUGAAGACUGAUUCCACCUUGUUAGAGCAUUUUUUAUGAACCCAAAAAAUGUACAUUAUUUCAUAAGGAGACAAAUAAAAGGAUUGAAAUUUUA